CAGCUCCACCAUACAGCAGAUUCUAAAGAAUCAAACGCUCAAAGAUGCUGCACUUGAAAGUUCAAUUUCUGGAUGACUCUCAGAAGACCUUUGUUGUGGAUCAAAAAGCUCUUGGAAAGGAACUGUUUAACAUGAGCUGCAGCCAUCUAAACCUAACAGAGAAAGAAUACUUUGGUUUGGAAUUCAGAAAUCACUUAGGAUUCCAAAUGUGGCUGGGACUUUUGAAACCAAUCUCGAAACAAGUGAAAAAUCCAAAGGAGACUGUUUUCAAGUUCAUGGUGAAAUUCUUCCUGGUAGAUCCGGGUCUUCUGCAGGGAGAACUGACAAGGUAUCUCUUUGCACUCCAGAUAAAAAAGGACUUGGCCUCUGGGAGAUUAACGUGUAAUGACAAUAGUGCUGCUUUAAUGGCGUCUUAUAUUCUCCAGUCAGAACUGGGGGAUUACGACGAUGAUAUAGCCAGAAAUCAUCUGGAACAGACCCAGUAUUUACCAAAUCAAGAGUAUCUAGACAAUAAAAUCCUGAAAUAUUACCAGCGCCAUUUAGGGAAGUCUCCAGCUGAAUCAGACAUGCAGUUACUGGACAUAGCAAGGAAGCUGGAUAUGUAUGGAAUCCGUCCUCACCCGGCCAACGAUGGAGAGGAUAUGCAGAUCAACCUUGCUGUGGCACAUAUGGGUGUCCUGGUCUUGCGGGGUAAUACUAAGAUUAACACCUUCAACUGGGCUAAUAUUAGGAAGUUGAGUUUCAAAAGGAAACAUUUUCUUAUUAAACUUCACCCACACAUUGAUACUUUGUGCAAGGAUACACUGGAGUUUACCAUGGAUAGUCGAGAUGCAUGUAAAGCUUUCUGGAAGACUUGUGUGGAAUACCAUGCUUUCUUUCGUCUAUCUGAGGAGCCCAAGUGUAGGCCAAGGCCUUUCCUAUGCAGCAAAGGCUCCAACUUCAGAUACAGUGGAAGAACCCAAAAACAACUGUUUGAUUCAUGGAGCAAAGGGAAGGCAAAGAAUCAACCCUUUGAGCGAAAAUUCUUUCAAGCCAAUCUUCAUGAUAGGCAAUGUAGAUCUUCUCCUGAUCUUCUAACUGAAGUGGCAAAACAGCCCAAUGAUUUAAGGCUGGUGUAUACCAGUAGACCAUGCUCUAGAAGUGUGAACAGCGUGGGUUGGGACCCAUUUCUGUACAAAAAUAUGAGGAGUUCAGACGUAGAAGUUCGGUUUUCAGCAGAUCUAGAUCGGCCUAGACCCCGUGUGGACUCAGCUCCUCUGCAACAAUCUAAGAGCAGUGCUUCCUUUCCUGGUUGCAGCUAUAGUGAUAUGAUACAUGAAGCACCACGGAAACAAUCUGAGAGGAGAGUAAGAUCUUAUUAUGAUGAAAGCAGCCACUGGCCAGGAAACCCCAUGGUUACAUCUAAAGAUAACAUAAAUGAAGCCACUUGUUCCCGUAAGACAUAUACAGACCUUGCUCCUGACCCUUUCUCUUUGAAGUUGAACAGAGCUUCAACAAGUUUAUACUGUAAUACUGAUGAGGCAUCUGAGCUUCCAUUGCAAGCAUCAGCUAUAGCUGAGGAAAUUUUAAGACUUACUAAUCACCCUACCUCGUUUGGUGGAAAAUCAGCUCACCAAAGUCCCCAAACUACAAAAACAAAGGAAUAUCAUCAACCAGUAUAUCCCAGAACGAACUGCAGAAAUAAUGUCAACAUGGAUCCAAAUAGAGACUUUCACAUUACUUACAUGGAGUAUGGUGAUGAAACUUAUCCUAAGAGGUCGUUGAGUCAUUCGGACAUGAAAUCUGCAUGGUUUCCUUAUGGUUCCGAAUUUAAGCCUUUAGGGCCUUGUCCAAUAUUAAGUAGAACAUCCAGUGUUUCAAAAACCCCUUCUGCUCAACAACACCUUUCAUUACCACCGCCUCCACCUCCACCACCGCCUCAACCUAUUUCAAUAUCAAAAAAUACACCAAGAGCCACAGAGAGAUAUGUUUACAGUGGGACUGAAUCAAGUGACUCUGAAAGUGAAAUUAUAAAUCCAUAUUAUUAUGCUUUAUUUGGGAAAAGUAUAAGGCAUCCAAUGGCAAGAGCUCGGCUAUCUUCAGGAAGCCUCCAGCUAGAUGAUGAAGAAGAUACUCCAUUAAAUGUUUGUGGUUGGGAAACGAGGAAAUCAAAGAUGACGGAUAAAUGGGUUCACACCUAGGUAUAACAAAAAUACAUGCACAUAUUUUUGACAACUGGAUAUUUUAAUUUCCAGAUGAAAAUAUAGAAUAUUUUCUCUUGUCACAGUGUUGAAAAAAA